AUGUUGACUACGUUGGUGCUGGAAGGACGGACGCUUCUUGAGCUGCCGCGGGAGGAGAUGGCUGACUGGCGUUGCUGUGGCGCCAAAGGAGUGGUGGAUGGAGUGGUGCUACUGCGAUGGAGUGGUGCUGCUGUGUUGGGGGCGGUAAUGCUGUGCAGGAGGCAGUGCUGCUGUGUUGGAGCGGUGCUGCUGUGUUGGAGGCGGUGCUGCUCUGUUGGAGCGGUUAUGCUGUGUAGGAGGCGGUGCUGCUGUGUUGGAGGCGGUGCUGCUGUGUUGGAGCGGUGCUGCUGUGUUGGAGUGGUGCUGCUGUGUUGGAGGCUGUGCUUCUAUGCAGGAGGCGGUGCUGCUGUGUUGGAGGCGGUGCUGUUGUGUUGGAGCGGUGCUGCUGUGUUGGAGGCGGUGCUGCUGUGUUGGAGCGGUGCUGCUGUGUUGGAGCGGUGCUGCUGUGUUGGAGGGGUGCUGCUGAGUUGGAGUGGUGCUGUUGUGUUGGAGGCGGUGCUGCUGUGUACGAGGCAGUGCGGCUGUGUAGGAGGCGGUGCUGCUGUGUUGGAGGUGGUGCCGCUGUGUUGGAGGCGGUGCUGCUGUGUUGGAGUGGUGCUGCUGUGUUGGAGGCGAUGCUGCUGUUUUGGAGGCGGUGCUACAGUGUUGGAAGAGCUCGCUGCGACUAUUGAGGAGCUCGCCCGCAUCCCUCUUCCUGCCAUCCCUCUGCCAGCACACCCACAGGCUGGCAGCAGCAGCGAGCAUGGAGGAGCAGUGCAAGCAGUGUGGCGAGUGAAGAGGCGAGUGCAGCAGCAGCAGCAGCAGCAGCAGCAGCAGCAGCAGCAGCAGCAGCGGGAGAGUGACAGCAAGCAGAGGCGCAUUGCGGGGGAUGGGAGGCCAUGUGGGGAGCUCACGCCAUGCUUGGGCCACCUGUUCUCUCCUGUUGAGCAGCAGGAGGAGGAGCAGCACCUUCAAGUGAGGCGCUUUGGCCCCAUGGGGGGCAAAGGAUCAACACAGGAGGAGCAGCGGAAGAUGGAGCGGCGCCUUCCAGUGAGGCGCUUUGGCCCUCUGGGGGGCAAAGGAACAACACAAGGAGGAUCAGCAAGAGGAGGAGCAGCACCUUCCACAGAGAAAGGGGAACAGAGGAGCGCGGGGCAGGAGCGUGGGAGCAGAGCCACUGCCGGAGGAGGAGCAGAGGAGAUGAAUCAGAGGAGGAAGAGCAGAGGAGAUGCAUCAGAGGAGGAGGAUCAGAGGAGGAGGAGCAGAGGAGAUGCAUCAGAGGAGGAGGAGCAGAGGAGAUGCAUCAGAGGAAGAGGAGCAGAGGAGAUUCUUCCGAGGAGGAGGAGCAGAGGAGAUGAAUCAGAGGAGGAAGAGCAGAGGAGAUGCAUCAGAGGAGGAGGAGCAGAGGAGGAGGAGCAGAGGAUAUGCAUCAGAGGAGGAGGGGCAGAGGAGAUGCAUCAGAGGAGGAGGAGCAGAGGAGAUGCAUCAGAGGAGGAGGGGCAGAGGAGAUGCAUCAGAGGAGGAGGAGCAGAGGAGAUGCAUCAGAGGAAGAGGAGCAGAGGAUAUUCUUCCGAGGAGGAGGAGCAGAGGAGAUGCAUCAGAGGAGGAGGAGCAGAGGAGAUGCAUCAGAGGAGGAGGAGCAGAGGAGAUGCAUCAGAGGAGGAGCAGAGGAGAUGCAUCAGAGGAGGAGGAGCAGAGGAGAUGCAUCAGAGGAGGAGGAGCAGAGGAGAUGCAUCAGAGGAAGAGGAGCAGAGGAUAUUCUUCUGA